AUGGCUACUCUUCUCCAGAAGCUCGUCAAGAGGGCGCCCCCCUUCAAUUCAUUGCGACUCCUCACAUCCAUCGAUAUUCCCCAGCUACCUUGUAGCUCUACCGUUCUUCAUUCUCUCCGCCGAGAGUCGGAUCACGGGACUGGCCGGAGUCGUCAUUCUGGCCUUCCUCUAGAUUGGGGAGGCGCAGAUCAUCCUUGCUCUAUGCAGCACGCCCACCUGAUUUUCCCUACCUUCCUUCAUGUGCAGCAUUUGGAGCCCAUUCAUCAGCAUUGUGGUGUUGAUGGCGAUGGGGAGUGUGACGAGGGGAGCGCCGUGGAUGAUCGGACUCUCUGGGCGGACAGCGUGAAGAAGAAGAGGAAGAGAAAGAUGAACAAACAUAAGCUUCGGAAGUUGAGGCGGCAACUCCGCCGAAAGACAAAGACCUAG